UAACUUUUGCGAAAGUUUCUCGUUUAUAGAAUAAUUUGGAUAUGAUUUCCCAUAUGGUAAUUUCUACGAGAAAGUUUGUAUGAUUUAUUCAUAUGCAAUCGCUCCGGAAAAAUCUAUCUCGUUAUAGGUUAUCUACGAUUACGUUGCAGUUAUGAGUUAUCUAACCAUAUCUAACUUCCUUCGACACCGUAAAUACCGUAAGUACACGUGUACAUCUCACAUAUAGUUAAAUUGAAGACCGACAGACUUGAGCUGACUAUUUAGUGAAUCGUUUGUGAAAGUAUCGUACGUUCGGGACACCAGUGCACACAAAGUUGACGUAGAAUCGUUAAUGAGACUCGCCUCCAGGAGAUAUGUAGGCUACGAAUGAGGUUAGCUUGACCCAAAGUUCUCAUUCCUCGCCUGGAUUCGAUGCUACGGGACGUCGUCCUCGUGAAUUUAUGAGGACUUUUAAUCACCUUACUCUCCAGUAGGAACUGUCAACCGAAUGGUGACGAUGUUUACAUCCAGAAGGCUGCUCAAAGCAGCCGCUAUCGGAACCAUCGGCCUGGGCACCCUGGCGUCCCUCAGGGCGAACGAGUACGACAUCGCCGCGAUCGGCAUCGUACGGCUGAGCCGUGCCGCGGUCACGGUGUUCAAGAUAGGCCGUCACUACAACCGGGAGUUGUACAACAGCAAGCUGGACAGAACGUCGGCGGAGUACAUGCAGCUGAAGUCGGACGUUCAUCUGUACGGGGCGCAGAAGCUGCUGGAGCUCUGCUGCGCCAACAAGGGAGUGUACAUCAAGGUGGGCCAGCACGUGGGCGCGCUGGACUACCUGCUGCCGCCGGAGUACGUGCGCACCAUGCGCGUGCUGCACAGCUCGGCGCCUCAGUCCUCGUUCAAGGACGUGCUCACCGUGAUCAGGGAGGACUUCAAGAGGGAUCCGUACGAGAUAUUUCGGAGCAUCGACCUGGAGCCCGUGGGCACCGCCAGCCUCGCGCAGGUGCACCGGGCCGUGCUGAGGAACGGCGACGUGGUGGCGGUGAAGGUGCAGCAUCGCGCCGUCAAGAGUAACUCGUACGUGGACAUCAAGACCAUGUCGGCCCUGGUGAGCAUCACGUCGCUGGUAUUCCCGGACUUCAAGUUCGACUGGCUGGUCAAGGAGACGAAGAGGAACAUCCCGCUGGAGUUGGACUUCAGCCUCGAGGGCAGGAACGCCGAGAAGGUGCAGAGGCUCUUCAGCGGCUACCGCUGGCUGAGAGUGCCGAGGAUUUACUGGGACGUGUCGUCGUCCCGCGUGCUCACGAUGGAGUUCCUGGAGGGCGGACAGGUGAACGAUCUGGAUUACAUGCGCGCCCACCGGCUGAACCCGUACGAGGUCACCAGCAAGCUCGGUCGUCUGUACAGCCACAUGAUCUUCAUCGAGGGUUUCGUCCACUCGGAUCCGCAUCCCGGUAACAUCCUCGUGCGCAAUCGCGACUCCCAGGCGGAGAUCGUGCUGCUGGACCACGGCCUCUACGCCGAUCUGUCCGAUCAGUUCCGCUGGGACUACUCGAAGCUGUGGCUGGCCAUCCUCGACGGCGACCGGGCGGCCAUGAAGGAGUACUGCACGCGGCUCGGCGUCGCCGAUUACUACGGCCUGAUGGCGUGCAUGGUGUCGGGCAGGACGUGGGAGACGAUCAUGUCGGGCGUGCGUAAGACUCGCUACGACGCCCGCGAGAAGGAGAUGUUCCAACAGAACGUCCCGAACCUGCUGCCGGAGAUCUGCAAAGUGCUGGACCGCGUCAAUCGGCAGAUGCUGCUGAUCCUCAAGACCAACGACCUGAUGCGCGGCAUCGAGCACUCGCUGCACACCCAGUCCAGGAUGUCGGCCAUGAUAGAGAUGUCCAAGUGCUGCGUGCGUUCCGUAUACGGUGAGAGGCUCAAGCGAUGCUCGGGCGCGUGGGACAAGUGCUGGGUGUCGCUGGCCGAGCGCUGGGCGCUUCUCAAACUGUCAUUCUACUACGUGUACCUGGGCCUGAUACACUUCGACUUGAACAGCUCGAUCGAGUCUCUAUGGACGAAGGAUUUCUAUCCGCUUUAACGAAAACUUUCGUGUAGACUAAUGUUUUGUUUUCCGACUGAAUAUUCAUUGCGCUCUUUGAAAAAUCUUUUUUUUUUUUUAAGAGGAAAUGUUUCUUUUUCAAAAGAGAAGCCCUACAAAGAUUUCUACCUCUUUUUUUUACUGUUGAUAAACGAUUCGAUAAUCUGUACAUAGUAACUUAUUAAAAAAUGUACAUUUUA